CCCGAGUACUGCUCAGUUUUUCAGCCUUGAAAGUUGACGCAUACCUACCCUGCAUGGGCAUUGGUCAAUUUGGUGCCACUUGCCUAAGUAAUGUUGCCCUUCUCCUCCUACACCACCAUACUCCUUGCUCUGCAGGACAUAAUCUUACCGAAUGCGGCAAGUUGCCCCUGUAACGUCCCUGCGGCAUAGGCUGCACGAUGAGCCAGGCAUGGUUGCUACUGUCAAAGCCGGGGCCAGGGGUUCUCGCGAAGCAUGUAGAUGCGCAAUGCCAUGUCAGGGGCAGAUGCGAGGCUCGGAAGGGUUCUGCUGUUCCAACACUUGGCAUGCUCAGAUUUGAACCGCGUUGUGUGCGCCCUAGACCGCUAUUGAAAAGAGAGUUCCGAUUACUCUUAGGCACGGGCCUUCGAAAGUCGUGCAGCGGGCCCAGCAGGGAUGGGGAGCAGGCAGCAAGGGCGAUAGCGCAGCGCGCAAGCCAUGGCGGGGUGGGCUGGCAGGCCAACACAGGGCGGCACAGGCCCCGCCCCUGCUCGGCUCAGCAGCAGCGAUGCAAAGUCACUGAGCGCCAGCUACGGCCGCUGCUGCGUGGAAGUCUGCUGAGGCGGCCGGGGAGAAGCAACAUGCAAAAGGAGGGGCCACGCAGCCAAGAGCUUGCACCCCUGGUAGAUGCAACCUUGCACAGGAGGUUGCCUCUCUGCUGUCGUGUCCGGGCUGGUCCUGAGAGACGGGAGACGUCUGGAAGUGAUGCUGGGGAAGCUUGGAGCGCUCGCCCGGUGUUGGACCGCAGGGGUCCUGCCAGUGUGAGCGUGGCAUCGCUGGGCCCGUUGGAGAUCCUGCGCGCCGACUACGUUGCCUGGCAGGCGUGGUACGAGGAGCAGCACGACUUCCCGUCGCGCCUCCUCAGAGUACUCAGCGAUGGGGGUGGCGCUGCUGCAGGCCUCGUGGUGUCCUGGGGGCAGCCCGAGCGCGCAGCGCGGGAGCUGCAGCGGCUCCAGCAGGCGGGCGCCACCCUGGCGGCCCUGCUCUUCUUUGGCAGCAGCGAACAAAAGAUGGAGCGCGAGAUCCAGUUUUACCGCGAUGGCACUGUGCUGUUGGUGUACCAGCUGCGGCAGGACCUGCCCCUGCUGCCGGGCGCCCUCGUUUUAUUUAUCACAGGCGCAGCACCGCACCCCGUCGAUGCGCGGCGGCUGGCGCGGCUGCGGCGCAACCUAGUGUCCCUGCUGCCCUUUCUGUUCAUCGUGGUCAACACGUUCCCCGCCACGCCUGUCGUGCUCACCACCCUGCUCCGCUUCGUCCCGCGCCACCUCAUCAUCCCGGCCGCCUACGACGAGGAGAGACUCCAGGCCUACCAGCGGCUGCGCGCCAUCCGGGUACGGCAAGCCAGCAGGAGCGCCCCCCCUCUGCCAAUCGCGAAUGACGGGGCUGCUUUUCGACCGCUGGCGCCCUAUGUGGCCAGCGCGCCCUCUGCCCCCUAUGCGGGUGCCCCGGCGCGGGUGGGCCCCUUUUGGUGGGAGGUGGCGCCCAGUACCGCGCUGGCCCCGGCGCAGCAGGCCGUGCUGGUGGGGGCGCGCCUGCUGGUGUGGCAGUGGGGCGUGGGCCUCGGGUGGGGCUGGGGCUACGGCGUCGGGUGGAGCUUCAACCCUGACACCGCUGACUGGGAGGUCUCCCUCGGGUGGGGGCUCGGGUGGGGCUGGGGCUGGGGCUGGUGGCUCUGA